AGCUAGUAGGGAACAAGUGCCUGUGGGUGCUUUCGUAGGGUGAUGCUUGCUGUCAAGGGGAAUUGCACACUUGUCCUAGUCACAACCAACACUUUGCUGCCCUUUUAUGCAAUGUUUGUUUGCUCUGUCACCCUACAACCACAUUCUCUGCAUUGUGGGUCUUAAUGGUUGACUAGUCAGAUGAGCUGGCACUGGGGUCAGCAGUGCACACGACUGGAAAGUGAGAGUUACAUUCCAGCUGGGAAGAGUCAGAAGUGAGAACACUAUCCCUUGAAAGUGUGCAAGCUGUAAAUAGCCGCUGGACCUGGUAGUCAGGGAUCAACGGGGUAUAACCAGAGAGAGGGGGUCUGCUAUUGGAGCAUGAGGACGGGACAUUCUAUGUGCUGGGGAGUUAUUUUGGGAGGCAGCUUGGUUAGAUUUUCUGCUGGGCCAAGUCUGUGUCUCUUGAUUUUAACUUAGCUGGACUGGGAGGCUGUCAUGGAGAUCAACAAGAAAGAGGAUAAAGGAGAAGAUGACAGUGAGUGUUGGCCCUGAGGGGGAGAUGACAAAGGAGGAUGUUUCAGAGCCUGUCGAGGGGGACACUGUCCUGGGCCACCACACUAGACUCUCUUCCCAUCAGCGGCCUGUUAUCCACCAGGUGGCCUCUGCACCCAUGCCCAGUGACUAUGAGUUCUCCUUCUUUGACCCCAGUGAGCUGCAGUGCCGGGAUGUUCUUCUGGAUCCCAGCACCACAAUACCAGAGCUCUUCGCUGUCCUCAGGCAGUGGGUGCCCCAGGUUCAGAGGAACAUCGACCUUAUUGGCAAUGAGAUCCUAAAGAGAGGCUGCGGUGUGAAUGAUCGAGAUGGACUGACGGAUAUGAGCCUCCUGCACUACUGCUGCAAAGCUGGGGCCCCGGGCAUCGGUGAUGCAGACACGGCAGCCAGCUUUGCUCAACAGCUCCUUGGCCUGGGUGCUGAUCCUAACCUUCGUUCACGCUGGACUAACAUGAGGGCCCUGCACUACGCUGCCUACUUUGACGUGCCCCAGCUUAUCCGAGUGGUGUUGCAUGCCUCCCAGCCUGGAGAGGUAGAUGCCACCUGCAGUGACUUUGAUUUUGGCACCGCCCUGCACAUUGCUGCGUCCAACCUGUGCACAUCAGCUGUCAAAUGUCUCUUGGAGCUGGGAGCCAACCCUGCUUUCAGGAAUGAAAAAGGACAGUGCCCAGCAGACGUGGUGCCUGACCCCCUCGACAUGCCCUUGGAGAUGGCAGAUGCAGCCACCGUGGCCAAAGAACUCCGAACUUUGCUGAGACAGGCUUUACCCAGACCCACUUCCCCUUUGCCCCUCACUCUGCAAGCAAAGUCCCCUCCUGUUCUCUCUGAUAAGGCCAGGAUACAGCUCGCCACCAUGGGAAUCCGUUUAGGUGACCGUGUGGUGAUAGCUGGACAGAAGGUUGGAACGCUACGAUUCUGUGGCAGCACUGAGUUCUCUGGAGGCCUCUGGGCUGGAGUGGAGCUCGACAAACCAGAGGGGAAGAACGAUGGCUCAGUAGCAGGGGUGCAGUAUUUCACCUGUCGAAUCAAACAUGGAAUAUUUGCUCCCCUUUCCAAGAUAAGCAAACCUCUAGAAAGACAUAAAACCAGUACCACAAAGACGUCUACACCCAUACGCCCCCCUCGUCGCAUUGACUUGUCCCGCAUCACCUCCAAGAUAAACACAGGUUUAUCUCCAUCUGUCAAAAAACCCAUUGAUAAUCAAAAAAGUACACCUGGUCCCAAUCAGGGCACAAAAGGAGACGCCUCAGUGACAAAGACAGGGGUUCUCUCUCGCUCUCUCUCCUCUUCGUCCUCUUCACUGGACUCUCGGCAUGGGCCAGGUGUCCGACCUCGUCCACUGCCAAGGCAACGCCUUCCUGCCAGGCAGAGAAGGGAGCGUGUUUCCCUGAGCCCCAGGACCACGCCCUCACCAGCCCUCCUUUCUUAUUCUGGCACCACUGUGCUUACUGCUGCAGGUCUUCGAAGCCGAACCCCCUCAGCUAGUAGCUCUGCUUGUGAGGGCCCUGAGGUGCGCCUUGGGGAAAGGGUGCUGGUGGUAGGCCAGAGAACUGGUGUAGUCCAAUUUUAUGGAAAGACCAGCUUUGCUCCAGGGCUCUGGUUGGGCAUUGAACUGGACAAGCCAAGUGGUAAGAAUGAUGGAUCAGUGGGAGGAGUGAGGUAUUUCAGCUGCCCAACAAAACAUGGCAUCUUUGCUCCUCCGUCUCGUGUUCAAAGGAUCCAUGGAUCAGUCGAUUGCCUUUCAGAGCUGUCUUCUUCACGCCUCAGUCAUCCUUUCAGCGGUGAGAGUUCUGCCUUCAUUGCAAGGACAAUCCGUCGCAGUUUCAGCACAUCAUCGGCUAUUGCCACCCCAAAGGAGACAAGCAGAAGAAGUCCUGUUGCCAGGAGUCGUCCCAACCCUCACAGACGGCGCUGGAGCAAUCUCAGUGGUGUUAGCAGCGGCGCUCCUGGGAAGGUGGCAGGGUCCAGCCCCUCAGCCAUCUCUGACGGACAGGUCCGCCUCCACGUGGGCAUGCAGGUCCUGCUGAACAGUGCCAAUGAGAUGGCAUUCAUCCGUUACCUGGGCACAGCGGACUUUGCCCCGGGACUUUGGCUUGGUCUGGAGCUCCGAAGCCCCAAGGGAAAGAAUGACGGCUCUGUGGGUGGCCGCCGCUACUUCACCUGUCGACCCAGCCACGGCGUGUUGGUCCGUCCCAGCCGCGUCACCUACCGCGGCAUCAAUGGGUCCCGCUUGGUGAAUGAAAACAGCUGAUGACUGUAGGAAACGGAGCAGGGUGGGUUUGGAGGAAAAUUUGAGAUAUUUUGACUUUGUGUUUAUGUUCUAAUCAAAGAAAAAGUUUGAAGUUUUAACUACUUAUUCUUUUUUAAUUAGGCGUCAUCGAUUUUCCUCUGUACACUCCUCUGUACUCUUCAGAAGUGGUGUGAAUUCCAGUAAUAAAACCAAUUAUUAAUUGUUCAAAUUUAAACUACUAGAUAAGUUCUUGGAGAAAUGUAGGAGGCAAAGAAAGCACUUUAGAAAACUAACUUUCAGCAGUCCUUCUUAGAAUUUGUCUUGGCAGGAUGUUUGGGGGGGGGGGGCUUAAUAAUACAUAAGAUGCUGCACUAUUUUUAAUCUGAUUGCACUGACAAACAUCAACAUGAUAGAUCAGAAUAUGAUAAAACAAAUGGUAUGGAUGUUCACACAUGAAAAAGAAAGCUAAUUUUGACUGCAUCAAGUAGAGAUUCUUAUCACAUAAUUUAGGUGGUAAUGUAGCCUCUCUAACCAAGUGUCUAUGUGUUUGUGAUUAUGUGUGUGUGUGUGCACACACAUGUGUGUAUUAUGAGCAGUUUGAAACGAGAGAUUGAUUGAUUUUUCCAGAGUCAUCAUAUGGCUUACAGAUAACUGAUGGAAGUUGAGUCAAAACUGGGUUUUUAGUUUAUGAAUCAGUGUGAAUUAAACAACCACAGAAUGUCAUUCAACUUUACACAGAUAAAUUAUGGUCGUAUCGUGCUAUUGGCUGCAAAAAUUCUACCUGUUUGCACCUUUGGCCAUGAUUGUAUUCUUUGAUGUCAGACUGAUGACAUUGUUGCAGCUGUGAUGUCAUUGAGGUAUAGUCUAUAAAAUGACACAUUGAUAUUUGCCAUGAUAAAUAUAGUAACUUCAGAUGAGAACACACUUGACAGUUGAAAGCUUGAUUAUAAACCUAAUUUGUUGCCAUGACAUGAUUUGUGUUGGGCUUGAGAAUUUAAAUGUCUGUCCUGCUCACUGAGCAUCACACCUGUCAGAGCCGUCACUAUUAUAUCACAUUUUUGAUUCUUACAACCUGAGUUUGGAACCUCUUAAUGCGAUUCUGUAGUUUGAACUGAUACCUAGAGUUUUAAACUGUGUAAUAUACAAAUGUCACUUGUUAAAUGUGCAAGAUUUCAGAGAUCGUUAGGAAUUUAAAAAUCCUCCGGUGCAUUCCAAGCUUUGGUAUUAGACAACCAAAAGCAGCUUGACACAGGAAAUAUGCAAUCAUCCAGAAGUUUCAAGGAAAGAUCUUGCUAUUUGAUUCAAGCCGUCUGGGCAAAUCGGCAGAGAAUAAGUCAUCGAUUGUGCAUGUGGAAAACAGGCCCACUAUUCAGUAAAACAUUCAUUUACAAUGCAAUUACGGUGUGUAGGCCACAACAGUGGCCGUAGAAUCUCCAAUGGCCUUCUCUCAUUGAUCUGUCUGGUCAGACCCCAUGUGACUGAAAAGCAGUGGUGAUCAGCCAAUGGUUGUCUAUCUUGUUAUCUGCCACAGAACUAACAGAUUAAAUAAGCGUGCUUUAAAAAUUGCAGUCUUUUCGGAUUCCUUUUGAAACAUUUUAAUCAACACUUUUUUCUUUGAAAAUCGCUUCUCAUUUGCAUUAAGACUAUAUCUGUGAAUUUCUGUGGCAUUUGUUGGUGUUCCACAUUUCAUUCUCAUCUAUAGAUACUCUCAUACUUUAUAUCUGCAAUCCCCAAUGUAUUACAGCAUGAGUGAUUUCAGAUUCCACUGAUGGGUAUGAUGGGUAUGUAAGUCUUUUGGCACUGUGUUCAUGUGGGUAAUGGAUUUUUCUUUUUUUUCAUGAGAUUCCUGAUAUGUAUAUUUGAAGUGUGACUGUGUGAGAGGGGGAUCUGGUCUGUUACAUUUACAUGCUGUGGAAAAUAACAGUAUUUGUAAAAAAUAAAAUAAAAGAUUCUAUUCUAAUUUGA